AUGGCAGCGGUACUGCCACCGUGGCCGCACCCAGCGGAGGCGACGGAGACCCACGUCCGUUUCUGCGGGAAAGACACAAUCACAGUCGAGCACAAGCGGAGCGACCAGCCGUGCUCCGUGCGCCUCCGCAGCGACCUGGUCCUGUCCCACGGGCUGCGCGGCGUCGGCGGCCGCUACGUCGGCGUGACCACCGACCCCGUCGCCAGGGCGCUCGACCACCUGGUCAGGGUCGUCGACGCCGACGCCCUCCACAGCCUGGAGGCCUGCAGCGACCUCAUCCACAGCAUGCUUGCCGAGGCGCCGGUGACCGCCGGGUACGACCUCGCCGCCGACAACUGGAUGGAUUCCUCCACGGACCGCACGCCCCUCGACAUAGCCAUCGCGAUCGCCGAGUACGUCCGCGAGGAGAUCGACGCGAUGGUCGACAUCGACGACAUGGACUUCGUCGCCCCGAGCCUCCACUUCGACGUCCACAUGCCCGAGCUCCGGGUAACCCUGGUCUACAGCGAGCCCAGGGCGCUGCUCAUCGCGUGCAAAGAGGCCGCCGCCGCCGCCAAGACCGAGGAUGCCGGGGCUCCGGUGACGGGACGAAAGCGCCGCCGUGAGUCCGGCGAGCCGUGCGCCAUCUGUAUGGUGGACGAGGAUGCCAGCUGGGACGAGGAGACCGUCGCGCUGCCGUGCUCCCACGCCUUCCACAGUGGGUGCAUCCUCAGGUGGUUCCACCGGGCGCCGACGUGCCCGACCUGCCGGUGUGACAUCAUGGAGUGCUUCAGCUUCGUCAGAUCAUCGGCGCCGCCGGAGCAGUUCGCGGAUGACGCGGCCGACGAUGAGCUCGAUCGCGUUAUAGGCUUCUUAGCCCAUGGUGAGCAGCUCGUCGGCCCCGCGGACACAGAUGAGCAGCAGCUCAUAGAUUCCGAUUCGGAAGAGGAGCUGGAUAUAUGA